GUUGACGAUUAUCGUUGUAAAAGACAAAUCGGUUUCUGGCAGCACGCAAUACAUUCAAAGAACCUUGUUAAAUGUUGAUCCUGGAAAUGAAAACAAGAAUAAAAUGGAGGACAAAGAGAUGGAGACGAAGGUAACGGGUUGUGACUUGGAGAGUCGCCCAACAUUCCAUCACGCCAAAAAAAUCACGGGGGACGCACAAGAGGCACAGGUGGAGUGCGAUGACAACUCCAUUUAUUUUGGCAAGCAACCCUCAGCAACCUGCAAGAACGGCAUCUGGCACACACAGGGAGAGUGUCGACAGUAUUUCUGGCACAACCCUCCGAUAAGAACUACUUUCUUUCUUACUUUGCCACUUACAACGGCGUCAAGACGAUCACUUUGCAUAAGGUUGACACCAAUACAUGCAUCAACGUUUCAAGUGUCAGUAGAAAGCGAGGACAGAAUGACUGCCAUUGUCAUUCGUGUAGAAUACGAGAUGCUCAUUCGCGGCGAUCCUCUUCCUCGUGGGCAAGGCAAUUCACAUCCACACCAGAGACACCAGAGACCUGGAUGACGACAGGAAGAACGGUAUUUUAGUAAAGUCCUCUUGCUUUCGUUGUCGAUAGCAUGGUGCAGCUAAGACUGACUCCUGCGAACAUCAGGACUCUUGUGAUUAGUGUCGGCUCAGAGAAACUUAUAACUUACGAGGCAGCAACGCGAAUAGACCUGCUGAAAUCUGUGCACAUCAACGGUGCUGUGUCAGUCAAUGAAGUCGAUAGCUUGUGCCACACUUGUGAUGUGAAAGCGUCCCCUCAGUUUUCUGACGUAGAAGUCACGUGGCAGAACGGCUCAUGGCCGCUGGUGGGUAACGUUACGUGCAAAGAGGAAGGGUUCACGUGGAAAGCGAUCUCAGCAUCACACGCCAUGUGUUUCGCCGACAUAUGGUCUUUGAGCGGUGAAUGUGAAGAACAAACCAUACAAAACCCUACUGUGGGCAAAGUGUACCUCUUGCGCAGAAAUCCUCUUGUCGGCCACACAUUGUCCAUCAAGGGAAUUCCUUCGGCUAACACAAGUUUCAGCCUGGCUCUGACGAAGGGUAACGAUGCUCCUGUCGUUUUCAUUUUCCAAUUCCAAAGUCAGAAAAUCAUUGGUAAAAGCAAAAUCAUGAAAGGUGACAGCAAGAAGACCUUUUAUAGAGUCUUUCCUUUGAUUGUGGGAAAACCAUUUGCCAUAAUAAUGACAAUCAUAAAAAUGGAUGAAGUGGCUGUCCAAGUCGACAGUCUCAGAGAACCGCUGCAAUUUGAAGUCUACACUGCAGAGCUAUUAGGUCAGACCCAUUACAGGUAG